AUGGCAGCCACCACCACCCUUGCUCAAACAACGCUCUUCCCACUCUUCAACGCCGCCCCAACAACCCUCCCUAUCACCGGCGCACAAGGCAGCGUUGUCACCGCUGACACCUCAGCCACGACCAUCGCCAUCCAAUGCAUCAAAGGCAACGACCUCUGCCACCUCAACCAACCCAUCACUGUCACCGAGGGCCCUUCCACGCAUUCCAUGAGCGCGGUAUUUUCAACACAUACACUAGCUCUUAACGGUGUUGCUACCAUGAUCGAAGAUUGUAUUAUCACAUCUAGUACCGUCGGCGCAUCGUGCACAGUGUCACUUACUUUAGAGCUGACGUCUCCGGCACCGACAUCAACAUCAACGGGGUCGAUGACUGCUUCUGUCUCUGUUUCCACUACAAGCAGGACUUGGGAGACUAGUUGUGGAUUGCAUGACAUCUAUUAUAAGCCGUUGACAGUAACGGCGGGGAUGGAAAAGUUAAAUGUACCAACUGCAGAGCCAACGGAUGCGGGGGCGGGAGCGGGGGAGAACCUGGGAAUCGGGAGGGCUGUGGCUGCGGCUGCGGCUGCUGCGGCCAUGUAUGUAUGA